GAAAGGGAUUCCAGAAUUGUAUAUGUGAGCAGCACAUUGCGUAAUCGGUCCACGAAAAUGCUGAACAAACCAAACUGCGUCGUCGAGGAGGGGAAUGACGUUAUCGGGGGGAGAUUUAGAAACCUCCUGAAUCCGCCAAAACCAUUUUUUGACCGCCGUGAAAACAUAAAAAAUACUAUCAAUAGCACCUUGCAGACUUUUCACUUCAAUCAAGUGAAGCAGGUGGCUGAAUAA